AUGGCUUCCCGAGCGGAUCAUUUACGCUCUUGUUUAGGAUGCAAAUUCGUACAAAGGGCAAAAGAAUUCACCCAACGUGGAUGUCCAAAUUGUGAAGCCAUUUUAGAGAUGAUGCAAGAUACAGAUCAAGUCAUCCGUUGCACUACCAGCAAUUAUGAUGGUCUCAUCGCUUUGAUCAAACCUGAAGAAAGUUGGGUUGCCAAAUGGCAACGGAUAGAGAAGAGAGUUCCGGGCUUAUACGCAGUAAAGACGGAGGGUAACCUUCCACAAGAUUUGCAAGAGAGAAUGCGUGGUGGUGGAUGA